AUGGCAGGUUUUGGAAGAUUUGUUUCUCAUGGUUCUUGUUCUCAUUUUUUAAAUGCAAGAUCUUCGUUAACAAGCUCUUGUCAAUUUAUAUCAACAAAAACAAAAAAAAAUUUAGAAAGAGAUUUAUUUCCGAAUAAACCAAGAAAACCAUUAACACCAUUUUUUAAAUAUAUGAAAAUAAUGAGACCAAGCAUUGUCAAUGAAUUUCCAGAAUAUAAAUCUACUAAAAUUGUAAAAGAGAUAUCUGCAAGGUGGGCUUUAGAAGACCCUGAAUAUAAAUUUAAGUUAAAUAAAGAAUAUGAUACAGAAUACAAAGAAUAUAUGAUGAAAGUAAUAGAGUAUGAAAAAUCAAUUACUCCAGAACAAAGAGAACAACACUUUAUUUUUCAGGAUGGUAAAUUACUUGGUAAACCAAAAAGACCACCUUCUGCUUUUAUAUUAUAUAUGCUUAACAUGAUAAAAACAAAUAAUUCUAUCACAAAAAAUAAGGAAUACAUAAAACAGCUAAGUAUUCAAUGGAAAGCUAUGAAUGAACAAGAUAAAAAACAUGUUAUUAAAAAUGAUUUGAUGACUCAUCCCCAUGAAAAUUAUUUAUUAAAUAUAGAUAAAUGUAAAAAUGCUGCUGCAUUGAUAGAUUAUCUACCAAGUAAUAAUAACAAGAUACUGUCUGAUCCUGAUGCAAUUAUGAACAAUGUAAAAGUACAUAUUUCUAAAUCUGAAAAACAAAAUGAAAAAUUAGAAUUUAAUGUGAAAACACUGAAACAUUUAACUAAAAAUUGGGACACAGUAAAGAAAUAA